CCGGCCGUCAGUCGCCGCCCCUCCCUCCCACUCUCCCUCCCUCACCCACUCACUCACUCACUCAUUGACUGCUCCGACCGACCGACCGACCUGCAGCCGUCGCUGGCCCGCUGUACCGAGGCGCUGACACACUGAUCCAUCCGGCGACAUGACGGGGGGUGGUUCUGUACCAAUAAAGUUAACGGCAAACAUGUCAAAAGGUGGGAUAGCCCAGUUUGAGUGCCAGCAGCUGGAAAGUGCUAUGGAGAAGGAGCUUGCCCAAUUGUUGGCAACUGCAUCAAAGACCGAGCAUAAUCAAGUGAAGAAGGAUUUUGAGGGAUUCCAGAAGUUGUUUCGCAGUUUACUGCAGCGGAAAGGUCCUUCAGUGGAAUGGGAUAAGAUUCAGAAGGCCCCGGAAGAUUCUAUUCAGCCAUAUGAUAAGAUUGAGGGCCGAGGAUUGCCGAAUGAUAUAUCUUCGUUGUUAAGUAAACUGGUGGUGGUGAAGCUGAAUGGAGGGCUUGGCACCAGCAUGGGUUGCAAAGGCCCCAAAAGCCUGAUUAGUGUACGCAAUGAGAAUACGUUCCUGGAUCUCACGGUCUUACAGAUAGAGCAUUUGAACAGAACUUACGAUGCAGAUGUCCCCCUUGUCUUGAUGAACUCGUUCAACACCGAUGAGGAUACAAAGAAGAUAUUACAGAAGUACAAUCACUAUGCUGUGAAAAUUCAUACCUUCAACCAAAGCAGGUACCCACGUAUUAAUAGAGAGUCCAUGCUUCCUGUAGCUACAGAUAAUUCCAGCACUGGCUUCAAUGCAGAAGCCUGGUAUCCACCGGGUCAUGGAGAUAUUUAUGCCAGCUUCUAUAACUCUGGUCUAUUAGACAUCUUUCUGGAACAGGGCAAAGAAUAUAUGUUUGUAUCUAAUAUUGACAAUCUUGGAGCAACAGUUGACCUGAACAUUCUCCAUCAUCUUUUAAAUCCACCAUCGGGAAGGCAGUGUGAAUUUGUGAUGGAAGUAACUGAUAAGACCAGAGCAGAUGUUAAGGGUGGGACCCUUAUUCAGUAUGAUGGAAAGCUGAGGCUGCAUCUCAAGAAAUCAACACCAAUAACCUAUAUAAAAAAGCACAUUUGUUUUUCCCUACAGACGUUGGAUGAUGGCCUAAAUGUGAUUCAGCUAGAGACGGCUGUAGGUGCUGCCAUUAAGUGCUUUGAAAAUGCGUUGGGUGUGAAUGUGCCACGUAGCCGCUUCUUGCCCGUCAAGACCACGUCUGAUCUCAUGCUGGUGAUGUCCAACCUUUACAGUCUUGAUGCUGGAUCUUUGACCAUGAGCGUCAAGAGAGAGUUCCGAACUGUGCCGCUGGUUAAGCUGGGCAGUUCUUUUACCAAGGUACAAGAUUACUUGACCAGGCUGGAGAGUAUCCCAGAUAUCAUUGAAUUAGAUCACCUCACUGUUUCCGGAGAUGUUACCUUUGGGAAGCAUGUUGUUUUGAAGGGGACGGUGAUAAUAAUCGCAAAUCAUGGCGACAGGAUUGACAUCCCACCAGGUGCCAUUUUGGAAAAUAAGAUUGUUUCAGGCAAUCUGAGAAUCCUGGAUCACUAGGAAGAUGAUCCUGAAUGGCAGAUAUCAACUGUGGAACUUAUUUCAUCAUGUGUUUAGUCACAGUAAUGCCAGAGUUGUGUGCAUUAAUCUGAUGAGAGUGUGAACAUGUCCUGCAUGGCAGCUCCUUUCAAAAUUGCAUACUGUUAUAAACUCCCUGUUUCUGAAUUGGGUUUUAAAUGCGUAACUGGAAGCUUGGUACUAUUUAUAUAUAGAUAUUAAAAUGUCACCUUUUCCUCUAAAACCAUCACUUGGAACAAAAAUGACAAAUUAUAAUAAAAAUCCACUAACUGUA